CUAAAAGACCCAGAAUACACGUCAAUUUCAUUCCCACAUUUCAAUUUCCCGCCCCACAUUUAAGCUGCCGGGGACGACCAAGGGCGUGACAAAAAUUUGAAUCAAUCGCAAUUUCAAUGACACCAGAAAAUCUCCUAACCCGUCCUCCCAUCGCCGAUAAAUUAACGCUGGGCUGCCCAGUCCUCGACCGCUGCCUCGGUGGCGGCGUCCCCUGCUGUUCAAUAAUGGAGCUUGUAGCUGAAAGCAGUUGCGGCAAGACUCAAUUUUGCCUCCAACUCGCCCUCUCCGCUCAGCUCCCGCCCUCCCACGGCGGCCUCUCCGCCUCCUCCCUUUACCUCCACACCGAGUUCCCUUUCCCCUUUCGCCGCCUCCACCAACUCUCCCAAGCAUUUCGCUCCUCACACCCACACCUCGUAGCCAUUAACCCCUGUGAAGAUGUGUAUGUUGAUAGUGUGCACGACGCAUACCAGAUGCUUGAUAUCAUGCCAAAGAUAGAGUCUUUCGUUGAAAGUGCAAAAACCCGGUUGCCUGUCAGGCUAAUUCUGAUUGAUUCCAUCGCGGCGCUGUUCCGGACUGAAUUUAACAACACCCCUUUGGAUCUUAAGCGGAGGUCGUCGCUGUUUUUCAAGAUUUCCGGGAAGUUGAAGUCAUUAGCGAAUAGGUUCCGGGUGGCAGUGGUGGUGACGAACCAGGUGGUUGAUUUUAUGGGGGCAAGUGAUGGGGUAAAUGGAGUCAAAGUGGGCAACUUUGGCUCAUUGCACUCUUCUGGAAGGCGGGUUUGCCCUGCUUUGGGACUUGCUUGGGCAAAUUGCGUGAAUUCGAGGGUCUUCUUGUCGAGAAAUGAGGUGGUUGUUGCCGAAGGGAAUAGUAAUGAGCUGGAGGAUGGUCUUUGUAGGCAAACAAAGAGGCGACUUGAUAUUCUUUUUGCGCCUCAUUUGCCCCAAGCAUCGUGUGAAUUUGUCAUCACACGCCAAGGAGUGUUUGGAGUUGAGUCAGCUGACAGAUAAAUCUGGCACUGAUGGACGUGGUCCAGUACUUGCCUAAAUUUUGAGUGUAGGCUUCUGCUAGCAAAAGUGAAGACUGGAUUACUAGACCAAUGGUAAUUCACUUGUCAUGGGUUCUGAGGCCAAGUUUUUGUGAAGGGCAGAUUUCUGAAACAUGAUAUUUGGGUUACACCAUACGCAUGUGAUAAGAUGUUUCCUGGAGGAGAGUUUUCAAAUCAGAAUUUGCGUGUUGGUGAAGGGUUGGCAGUGGAAUUUUUGUAUUGGAUUCACUCUUAGGGAGGGACUGAUUAUAUAUAUUAUGUACCAUAUGUUGAUGGCAGUAGAGGCAAAGGCGUAUUGCCCAUACAUUGAGUUUCGUGGAAAUGGUGGGAUAUGGAGAUCCAAAUGAUCAACAUUACAGAAAUGUUGAUGUUGGGGAUGGGGAUGAUGUCCUUGGAUGGUAAAAUUACAGUUGAAGUUAAACUUCCAGAAAUAAUCACCUUGGGAGAACUGCAACCUGGAGAAAUUAGAUGUACGGUACUGCGAUUUCAUCUGGGCUAUGUGUACCAGUUCAUUAACAUUUCUUUGUUGCUCGUAUCCAUACGGCUGUUGAUUGCAAACUCGGGGAAAAUUAGAAUCAGGUAUGCUACUUAUUGUCUUACCAUCAAGCUUUGUGCUUUUCGAUAGAUAAGCACAUGAAAAUGCCUCCAUGUUGAUUUAUCUGCAAAGUGAAUGCCAGAGCAUAUUACAACUUUGAUUAUAAAAGUAACUGAUGGAUGUUUGAGCACCCAUUAGAUCGCUGGUUAGAUGAUGAAUCUGAAUUAUGUUUUAGUUUAAAGCGUCGUAUAUUACGCCAGUAAUACCAGCUGCUCCGUAUCCCUAUAGAAACAUCUUAAUCUGUAGAAAGUGUGAAAUCGACCUUGAACCUGAAAGUCUAAGAUGUGAAGCAGGAAGAUAGGAUGAACCCUUCGUCAUUUCUAGCUUUCUGUAUAACUUCCACCACGAUAACAUGCUCUAAAAUUACGCAAAAACGCAUCAUGGUCCUUGAUACCGAAGGAUCGAGGACUACGAGGUUAAGUGCGUAAAGCAGAAAAUCAUUGCAAAGAAAACAGAAAUCCAUUCAUUCAAAACAUAUCUGCGAUCCUUAAUUAUAUCACGUUAACCACAGAGGGUGAAAAGAAACAGAUAAUCUAGAAAAUGACAUGGAACUAGAUGUUGAAUAUGACCGUGAUGGAUCGAUCAGUCCACCACGACGAGACUUAGAUACUCUUUGCCGGAGAUGGAUGCUUCCAUGACAUGGUUCUGCCGGUCAACUUUCCAACCUUUUUCUUUGUCCCAAAUAUCCUUGAACGAAACUUGUCCAAUCAGAUUAUCAUCCCCUUUCUCUUCCUUAACCUUCCAGCUAUUCCAGCCGUUGUAGCCGCUACAGGUGUACUUGUAUAAGGGAGCCAAAACCUCUUUCCUCAGCCGGUCUACAACUCUGCUCUCGUAGUCUUCCUUGUAUUCCUCCGCGUAUGAUGCUGGAGGGAAAACCUUCCGCGCAAUGCUUUCCCACAGCAAAGUGGCCCGGGCAGCGUAGGAUUCAUAAUGGUUUCCGGUAAGGAAACAGUCUGCAGCAGUGGUUACCUUGACAUACUUCUAAUCAUCGUCACCAUCAACAUCAUCAUCAUCGCUGUCAUCGCUCACAUAAUAUUUAAGGUAAUCAUGCUUGAAUUGUCCCUUCAAUUUUUGAAUAUCUGACUCCAAGCACUCCACAAAAACAUCGGUUACACGGUCAUGUAACAACUUAUAAUCCGCAUCACCCUCGUACAUCUCUACAGCCUUCUUGGUCAGUUUCUCGAGGGGCUUCAGUGUCCCCCAUCUACCGUCUUGGCCUUGUAGGAGGCGGUGCAGAAGUUCUACAAGGCUAUACAAACCCAUACUCCCAAAAGAGGAGGCAAUAGGCGCAAUGUUGCACAAUAGGGUCUUUGGGUGGUUUUGGUGGAGCCAAACCGCCGCCUGUAGAACGCUUGUUCAUAUGAUUUUCCAUUCCUAUAGUCAUUCAGAUGACAUAUGAGCUUGAGGGUGGUUAGGGGAUUGUCGGACCAUGCCAGCGGCAGCAGUUGCUUGAGAUAGUCACAGGAGGCCCCCACCUCCGCCUUUAAGGCUGGUGGAUAACUUUUGAUCGAUGCGGUUGCAAACUCGUAGUGCCCGUAGUUGUCAUAGUCAGCCGGUAUGACGAUGUUGAAAAAGAUGUCAAGGCAGGGGUCGCCCGAGGAGAGUUGGAGGGUAGAUUCAGCAGUACUGAAUCCCAUUUCCAUUAGAGGGGUUCUGCUACUGCUCCUAGUGCUUGUUGCUGUUCUCUUGGCGGCUGGAGCUGUCCUGUUCCCGAAUUUUGGAACCAUCAGAGAGAGUGAUCUGCUGGGAAUUGUCAGGCUUGGAGGAACAACAAGAGUCGGAGAGUUUGGAUAAGCCGUCAAUCUCACUGCGAGUUGUGAGAUUUUGCAGGCGAGGUUUGUAUUUGCUGCUUUCAUAACUGAUGGGAGGAUUUCCGUCAAUUCUUCCACGAGGGGGAGAAGGGAAUAUUAGGGCAGAAAUAUAAACGCUGUUUACUUGGGUGCCAAGGAAUUUGGCAAACCCUAAAUUGUUGCUUAUCCAAUUCAAAUCUAUAUUGAUUAGACAAAUGAUACUAUAAAUUGAAAAAAAAAAAAAAAAAAACCUACAUGGCACAUGUCAAUCCCUUAAUAUCGAGAAAAACUUGUGCAGGACUUGGCUUGCUAUUGGAUUAUGCUGAGUGGCACCACCACACCAUUCAUAACUUGCCAUGCGCUAAGCAUAUUGUUGCAUUAGUAUAAAUUUUUAUUUUCAAUUUAAAUCAUAAUUAAUAAAAUUAAUAAAAAAGACUUUUUAAAAACACCUGUCUUUGAGGGAGUGUAAUUACUGGUUGAAAGGUUCAUUAAACCAUCUUAAAGGUUCA